AAUUUCUCUUUUGUGAAAUCAGCUAUGGGCUUUACUCCUAUGAUAUAAGGCAUUACUAUUAUGAUGAAGCACGUUUGGGAAAAUUUCUCAAAGUUUCACAUAAUUGUGAUCACAUUUAUACUAAAGGCUUUGGAAAUUUGAACGAACUAAAGCUUCUCAUAGAUGAAAUUAAAUAUUUGGCGAUCUAUUUUUCUGGUGACACUAUGGAGAUGUACAUUCUAGAUGACAAAAUAAAACCUUUCUCUAGGAUGGUUUUAAUAAAUACCAUAACAGUUCCGAUAACAAAAGAUCCAACAUUUCAAGAAAUGUUUAAUUUUAUUGAAGGCCUAAUGAAAUUUUUGGAAAUAGAAGUUGAUAAAUAUAACC